UGACCUUGCUACUCCCUACUCUCCAGCAGCAACGCCAUCCAUCAUCCCAACCAUCAUCGCACUGCUGAAGUCUGUCUGAGAUGUCGCUCAAAGAGAUCAAGCCAGAAGCUGCGACCAACGCGGUCACUGCGACAACAUCAGCCCAGGCGGCUAAUUCGUCAGCCCCGUCCAGAGUCCUCCCUCUUGCAGCCUCGCUCCAAUCCAGCCUCCAUCUCCUCCUUGCCAGACUGGGCAAACUCCUCAAGUAUCAGGCUCUUCUACGAAGCAAAAUUUGCAAUGGUACCGCAACGCCUCAGCAGCUCGGUCUGCUUCCGGGGUGGUCAGAUCUAACCUCUGCAGCUCAGAAGUGGCAGAGGGAUGUAGAGGCGCUGAACAGAUGGGUGAGCGAAGCCCAAGAUGCUCUCCUCAUUGAGCUCUCCCGAGCCAAGAAGCGCGAAGCUCUCCAAGCAGAGGAAGACGCCAAGCGUGCAGAGGUAGAAGCGGCCGAGAAGGCCAAGCGAGAUGCAGAGGAGGAGGCUCAAAGGCUCAAGAAAGCCGCUGAAGAUGAAGCUGCUGCUGCAAGGAAGGCUGCAGAGACGACUGCUGAGGAGGAGAGUGCAAAGGCGGCCGGAGCGAAGAAGGAUGCGACUUCUGCUGGAGGAGCGGGAGUGAUCGAUCUCACGGACGAUGACGAUGUCAAGCCAAUGUCUGCUUCGAAUGCCAGCACUGCUGGUAAGCACUCGAGGGAUGAAGAUUCUGCCAGUGCUCAGGACGAUAGCCUCGAUGCAAAGCGACAAAAGACCGGCGGCACAAGCUCUGGCACGGAUGGACCUCCCGCAACAGCAACAACAGCCGGCGUCCCAACUCCCGACCCAGCUACCCUCCUCGCAGCCCUCACCUCCCAAAACUCCGACUCCUCUACCCAGAACAAGAAUGGUUCAGGCGACUUUGACUUUUCGUCAAUGGGCAACAUGUCCGAUUUGUUCAAGAUGGACGAUCUCACCAACUUCAUGGGCCAAAAUCAAACCCAAGAUCAAGGCCAAGCCUCGGGAUCGGGAUCGGACCAAGUGCAGACCUCGGGUGGAAAUGCCACCGGUGACUACGACGGCGGAUUUGGAGCGGCGCAAAAUGGCGAGCAGGGUGACAGUACUAAGCUAGACGAAUUUAGCGGAACGGGUGGAGACGACAUGGACUUCAAAUUUGACCCCAACGGAUUCAGCAUGGACGGCAUGGGCGGUAGUGGGGGUAUGGAUCAAUUCGGCAGUGGAGGCGAGGGUGCAGGAGAUAUGGGAGGCAUAGACUUCAAUGCUGCUCUGGAAGGAGUGGACUGGGGCAGUCUGAUGGAUAUGAUUGGCAAUCAGGGCGGCUCGUAACAGAUACAUGUUCGUCCUCUAAACGUCGCUCUCGAUGCUGUGUCCCUAUGCUCGUCUCCCAUCGUUAUGUCAUACCACUUUGCCGCUCUUCAGCCUGCCACUGUUGAACCGUUUCAGUACCUCCUCGAGACCC